UCCAAAUGCGAUGUUACCUGUGAAAACGGACAUUAGACUAGAACAAGGACCUGUACGAAUCCGGCACCACUAAACGGCGGUCUUGACUGUGUUGGGGACGGAAUGGUGACAAAAGUUUGCAGGAAAGAUCAGCAAUGUCCAGUGCAUGGCGGAUGGAGUGAUUGGUCACAAUGGGGUACAUGUUCAGUUACGUGUGGCAUGGGAAUGCAGCGUCGCACAAGGACCUGCUCUAAUCCGCCGCCAAGUCGUGCUGGAAACCACUGUUUCGGAGAUAACACGGAUUCACAACUGUGCAUGCCUGCACCAUGUGCAAAUGGUGGUUGGAGUGACUGGACACACUGGAGUACAUGUAGUGCAACUUGUGGUGGUGGAGUACGGUCUCAAACAAGGUCAUGUUCCAAUCCUCCCCCGUCGCCAAUGGACAAUAUGUGUAGGAUCAAAUGACAGAGUAGAGUUUUGCUCUAAAAAUAACUGUGAAACAACACAUUGUGCGACCAAUCAAUGUGUACACGGUCAAUGCUACGAUGUUCUUCAUGACUUCAUUUGUUUAUGUCAACCUGGUUACGCUGGUCGAUACUGUAAUAUAUCUUUAGAUAAUAAUUUGUGCGAUCCAAAUCCGUGCAGUCAUGGAACAUGUAUGAUUGAUAUGUAUGGUUUAAAAUGCAACUGUUUCGACGGUUAUGUUGGAAGGAAGUGUGACAUUAUGAAUGUAACGGACUGUUACGCUAUACGUCAUAAAAAUAAUGCGAGUAAGAGUGGAGUUUAUAACGUCAUACUUUGGAGAUCUAAAGUGGUUAAGGAAAUAUACUGUGACAUGGAUACAGACAAUGGUGGCUGGACGGUUUUUCAAAAUCGUUUCGAUGGAUCUGUUAAUUUCACUCGAAAUUUUAAAGAAUAUACAAAUGGAUUUGGAAACUACUCGGGAGAAUUUUGGCUUGGAUUAAAAUACAUAGAAGAAAUGGCCGCAAAUGGACCAAGUGAACUAAGAAUAGAUCUCACAGCGGCAGAUAACUCCAGUGCUUACGAGGUUUAUUCAAACUUCCAUCUUGGUUCAUCUCCCGGGUAUGCACUCCAUAUAGACCCUGGAACUGGCAUUGCAGGUGAUGCCUAUUAUGGACUGACGUACUAUAAUAACCGUCAGCCCUUUCAUACAUUCGACAAUGGGUAUUCGUUUAACUGUGUCCCAAAUUAUCGUGGUGGUUGGUGGUAUAAUUUUUGUUUAUUCGCUAACGACUUGAAUGGAAUAUAUUUGAAACCAGGACCAAGUCAUGGUUACUUAGGAAUGAAUUACUAUGCAUUUAAAGACCACGAAUCCUUGAAAUCAUCGAAGAUGAUGUUCCGACGUUUGUAAUGCUAAUAUCCGAGCAAAUACGACAAUUGUGUUGUGAUACAUCAGUUUGGUUAAAGUUUUUUUUUUGUUACAAAUGUAUUAAACAUGAUACAAAAAAUAAAAAAAAAACAACUUUUCCUUAGGA